AUGUCGUUCAGUGACUUCCUGCGUGAGUUCAGUCGGCUGGAGAUCUGUAACCUGACGGCAGACGCGCUCCAGGCGGGUCAGGUGAAGAAGUGGAGCACGUCGCUCUAUCAGGGCGAGUGGAGGAGAGGAAGCACGGCCGGUGGAUGCAGGAACUUCCCAGCCACGUUCUGGAUCAACCCUCAGUUCAAGGUGACCCUAAAACACCCGGAUUCCCCCGGCCAAUCGGAUUGCAGCUUCCUGGUGGCGCUGAUGCAGAAGGACCGCAGGAAGAAGCGGAGAGAAGGACAGGACAUGGAGACCAUCGGAUUCGCCAUUUAUGAGGUGCCAAGAGAGGUAUGAUGAGAGCCACCCA